AUGCAAUGUUCGGCGUUGAGAAAGAACGGGCACGUCGUCAUCAAGGGCAGACCCUGUAAGAUUGUCGACAUGUCGACUUCGAAGACCGGUAAGCACGGUCACGCCAAGGUCCACUUGGUCGCCAUCGACAUCUUCACCGGCAAGAAGUUGGAAGACUUGUCGCCCUCGACCCACAACAUGGAGGUGCCCAACGUUGUCAGAACCGAAUUCCAAUUGUUGGACAUUGACGACGGCUACUUGUCGUUGAUGACCGCCGACGGUGACACCAAGGACGACGUCAAGGUCCCCGAAGGUGAAUUGGGUGACAAGAUCCAAGCCGAGUUCGACGAAGGCAAGGACUUGUUGGUGUCGAUCAUCGCCGCCAUGGGCGAAGAGGCCGCCAUCUCCUACAAGGAAGCCCCCAAGGGUAACUAA